AUGCCUGCACGCAUAAUAUCUAGGGAAGAGUACCUGCUACUCGCCAAGGUCGCAGAGGAGGCAGAGCGUUAUGAAGACCUCGUAGCGCAGAUCAAAGGCUUGACGCAGACGUACGGAGCAUUGACCAUCGAGGAGAGGAACCUCCUCUCCGUCGCGUACAAAAACAUCACAAAUUCACUUCGUAGCAGUUGGAGAGUGGUCGAUUCCAUGGAAAAGCUCGAGUCAUCUAGACCCUCUGCACAGUCAAAGCACCAGGUCUCCUUGAUCCGUCGCCAGCGGGUUCGCAUUGAGAAGGAACUUACAGAUGCCUGCAAAGACAUCGUAAAAUUGCUGAACGAUAGUCUUUUGGCCACAGCCAAAGCUGGGGAAGAGACUGUGUUCUAUUAUAAGCUGAAGGGUGAUUACUAUCGAUACCUCGCCGAAUUCGUGCAGCAACAAGAACGCAGUCGGUACUCGGAUUUGUCACUUGCUGCAUACAAAUUCGCGUACAAACAUGCACUUGCCAUGUUGGAGCCGACACAUCCAACAAGAUUGGGAUUGGCUCUGAAUUUUGCCGUUUACUACCACGACGUCCGGAAGAGUCCAGAGAGAGCAUGUCACCUCGGCAAACAUGCAUUCGACGAAGCGGUCGCAUGCCUAGAUGAUUCGUCAUCGAUGCAAGUCAUGCGUGAUUCGAUGAUGAUCCUUCAGCUCCUGAGAGACGAUCUUGUAAUAUGGUCCAGUGAGAUGCAAAGAGGUAAGGCUGUCUCUUGAUAUAAUGUUCGGUCACUGAUUUAAAACACAUAGAUGGUGUUAGCAAGUGACCCUACGCUGGAACUGUUCUUUUCCUUUUCUAUAGUGUCUAGUCU